GUCCACAUUAUGGAAGCAAUUUCUAGAAGGCUCUAAUUUCUCGGAUAAAACCCACUUCAACUGCUGGAGCUGCUAGGGUUUAUCUUCUUCCUUCUCUAAUCUUCUAAUCCGUUGAAGCCGCGGCUCUCUCUUCAUCUUCAGAACGUGAAAUGGCGGCAGCUCAGCUCACAGGAUCUCUAAUUUCUGCGAGGAACCUGCCUUCUUUCGAUGGCCUUCGUCCUUCUGCGGUGAAAUUCUCUCCUUCUAUCGUUCAUAUGAUAGUGGGGGGUCGGGCCAACAGAUCUUACACUGGCUUGGUUGUUAGAGCUGCUACUGUGGUUGCUCCAAAGUACACUUCGAUCAAGCCAUUGGGCGACAGAGUGCUGGUGAAAAUAAAGGAAGCUGAAGAGAAGACUGAUGGAGGGAUUUUACUUCCAACAACGGCUCAGUCCAAACCUCAAGGUGGGGAGGUUGUUGCGGUUGGAGAAGGCAAGUCAAUUGGAAAUACCAAAGUGGAAAGUAGUGUAAAGACUGGUGCUCAAGUUGUGUACUCCAAGUAUGCUGGAACUGAGUUAGAGUUCAAUGGUUCAAAGCAUCUUAUUCUGAAGGAAGAUGAUAUCGUCGGUAUUCUAGAAACCGAUGAUGCGAAAGAUCUUCAGCCCCUAAACGACAGGGUCUUGAUCAAGGUGGCUGCGGCUGAGGAAAAAACAGCAGGAGGUUUGCUGCUGACAGAGGCAUCCAAAGAGAAACCGUCGAUCGGAACGGUGAUAGCAGUUGGCCCUGGUCAUCUGGACGAGGAGGGCAACAAGAAACCGCUUUCGAUUGCAGCGGGAAAUAACGUGAUGUACUCGAAGUAUGCUGGGAACGAGUUCAAGGGCAAAGAUGGAUCUGAUUUCAUCGCUUUGAGGGCUUCAGACGUGAUUGCAGUUCUAUCUUAGUUGUAUUUAGUCUGUGAUUGGUUAUAUAAAACACAUGUUUUUUUGUGGUUUUGCUUCGCUUAAAGAGAGGGAUUUUGAAGAAGGCAACUGAGAUUAUUUGAGUAAUAACAGGAAAUUCGUUGAUCUUGUUCCA